UGUUACGAACGCCUCCCGCUGACCGCUCGCACCAUUCUUCUGCAAGCAGCAUCUGAGACGGGAGGGGGAGCACGGAGAGGAGAGAGAGUGUUUACAGAUACCAGCUUGGGAAUAUGGAUGCUGGGAUACCAACUUGCCGGGGUAGCUAGAAAACACAGAGCGAGAUGGGGUGUGGAAGGUCGACUACUGCGGAGUAUGCACCGGUGUCACAGCCCGUGGGCAUCUACGGGUGGCGGAAGCGGUGUCUGUACGCUUUCAUCCUCUUCCUCAUGGUGGUGAUGAUCAUGAACCUCGCCCUCACCAUCUGGAUCCUCAGAGUCAUGAACUUCUCCAUCGAUGGCAUGGGCCAGUUGAAGAUCACCCCGUCGGGAGUGAAGGUGGAAGGGGAGGCAGAGUUUGUCAAGUCCGUGUAUGUCGAGGACAUCAAGUCCAAGGACAACCAGCCUCUGUUUGUUGAGGCGGCCCGGGACGUGCACUUACAGGCGAGGGACCAGAACAACAAGCAGACCGCCAGCUUCAGUCUGGAAAAGAACAAGGCGACGGUAAUGUGUGACACUUUCGAAGUCAAGGACAACAACGGCAUCUCACGCUUCCUGGUCAACAAAGAUGAAAUCAUCUUCGGUGCAGAUGAGGUUGUAUACUCCGGGAAAGCUACUUUUGACGGAUCCGUGGAGACGCCAUCAUUGCGGGGACCACAAUCAGAAUCUCUCGUGGUGGAGUCGGAGAGCAGUGCGGUUAAGCUGUCGGCACCAGGGGGCGUGUUCCUGCAGGCACCGGCCGGCAACAUCGAUAUCAACACAGCCGAUGACAUCAGGCUGCACAGUAAAUACGGCUCUAUCCUGCUGGACUCCGCCAACAUCUUUCUGAAGAGGCUGAAGUUGAGUAGCCCCACAGGAUCUGGGCGCGAGUACCCUGGGGUGCACCAGCUGUGCAUGUGUCCCAGCGGGCGCAUCUUCCUCGCAGCGCCCAGCGGGGACUGCCGGGCUACCGGGGAUAUAUGUAAAUCCAAGAGAUAGCAGAAAUGAUUCCCACCUGACAAGACAUGGUAACCAUGGUAACACUCUGAGACUUUGAACAGUGUGAAGAGUGCUGACAGAAAUUCUGGAUCAAGACAUUGAAGUGGAUUCAAAGACUAUUGGGAGAUGGGUGCAUAUGAGUGUGAAGACUCUCGUAGUGUUGAAAUAUUUCCUUGAUUAAUGGUGCUUAUUAAAAGUGCCUUGUGAGCAAGACAAAGAAAGCUUAUGAGCAAUCUGUUCAUCUAUGCUGCAGCUCAUACACUCAGAUUUGUAGGAAUGAUUGACAGAAUUGAUGACGUUUCCUCAUCUACUUCCUGUCAUGAGCAGUGCUAAUAUUAUGAUCCUUGGGUGUCUGUGUGCUCCAGUCCUGUCGUCAUGGACACAGGAGCAAGUUCAGUUGGACCGUGAGUCUGUGACACCCUCAUGCCUUCCAACCCAAAGGAUCCAAGGCUUCAUGUCUCAAACUCUAGAUGACAGUUUUCUCCAUAUGGUUUUACAUACAAAGUAAUAAAAAGAUGACACUAUUCUAUAUUCCUCAAGAAAGUACCUGAAACUUAAAUACUUUAAAUUGGAUAUUUUCUUAUAUUUGUAAUUUUUGUUCUUUUAUUUAGGGCAGGAUAAACCAUAAAAUCUAAAAUAGCUAUUUUGAAAUAAAGAUUUAGUAGAUCAGUUUGGAACGCAUUUUUAAGGUGAGUACAACUGUUUGUAUAAGGGAAAUUUUCAAUACCAUUUCUUAUGUAGGGAAGAUCUUGUAUUUGGUGUUAAAGAUGGAUUGGUAUUUCAUUUCCACCUGUGCUGAUUUAAAAAUUCUGACAUUGUCCUGGGAACAUACCAGUUUAACACUGUUUGAUCUGUCUGCCAGUGCUUGUGCCACAUCACUUUAGUCAUUGACGUCAAAAUACAAGUGUGUGACAAGUCAAAACAUGGCCGUGUUAAAUUUGACGUUGACAUUCAAAAACAUCAUCUUGAUAUUUGAAGUGCUCCUAUAUCAUAUCACAAACAUGACAGAACAAGCCAUCUGAAGCAGCAUCAAGGCACCAUCUGAUGUGGGUCAACUGGUGACAGGGUGAUGCAUGGCAAGACUUGACUCUCUCUACGAUACGUAGUAUAUACGUGAUGUCUUACCUAUUGAGGGGUGGUCGGGUAGCCUAGUGGUUAAAGCGUUAGCUCGUCACGCCGAAGACCCGGGUUCGAUUCCCGACAUGGGUACAAUGUGUGAAGCCCAUUUCUGGUGUCCCCCGCCGUGAUAUUGCUGGAAUAUUGCUAAAAGCGGUGUAAAACCAUACUCACUCACUCACUUACCUAUUGAUGGCUGUCAACCUUUUUAAAGGUCAUUAGAUUUAGGCUUGUUGGGUUCAGUAAUGUCUGGAUGGGGGCUUUGGUCAUCCUCAUAAAGCAAUGUUAGCACUCCGAUUGUCUUAGUCGAUGCUUAAUUAUGUGAGUUACCUUCAUAAUGCUACUGUCUCUUUGUGAAGCUGAGCCAAGUGCCCACUCCAUGAAGCAAUCCUGGUGCUACAACUGAAGUAAGGGUCACAGAAUAGGACUUGUGUAAAACUAUGAUUACUGUAGGAGACGGAGGUCCCUGUUCAAAAGAGCUAUCUUAGCGCUAAGGCGAUUGUAACUCCCAUACCUAAACAUAGACUUACGAUAGUGAUCUUUGCUAUCAUGAACUUCUCACAAGUAUGGAGAGUCAUACCACGAAGAUUGCUUUGUGGGCGGAAGCGCCUGAUGUAAACAUCCUCCAUUGUCUAAUGCAGGAUACCCACUGGGUCAUCACACUCCGACAGUUCGCAUUGCAGUGAAACAUCUAAGACUUGGCCGUGUUCAUCCGGAAAUGUCACUUUGUAGAUGAUUAAUUUUAGGGGCUUUAGGGACAUGUUGUUAUAUGCAAAGGAUAUUACUCCAAACUUAUUAUUAUCAAUCAAAAAUGAGCUAAUCUGGAUGAUUUUAAUCAGAUUUGGUUAAAUCAGGUUUCACAUCGUGGUUCUGAUGUCAUAUGGUACCCAAGCUGGUAUCCGUGUUUUCGUAUACUGGUAUCUGUGUACUGUUGUAUGGUUGUAUAUAGUAAAUAGUAUCACACAGUCAUCUACAAGGGUAGAACUCAGCGCUAGUUCACAAGUCUAUACAUUGUACUGCUUGUUGGUUUGACAUUUUGGCUUAUAGAAUUUCUGGCAAAAAAUUCAUGAUUUUAAAAACUUCUAGGCUUUAUAUGUUUCCUUCUAUACUUAACAGUAGAUGUUGUGAACUAUUAAUUUAUUCUGAUUUCUCACGUAUAUUUUCAGCAACUUUUCUAGUAUUCACCAGACACAUUAACAGUAUGUACUUACUUGUAUGUCAGGCAGAUAAAUCUGCACAAAUAUAUUUUUGUAGUGUACAUUGUAUUAGGCCAUUAUCAGUUAAAAGAUUAAAGACUUUCAAGAUUUGAUAAUUAUUGAGAUGUUAAAGUAUUUAUGAGCUACCAUUCACUAACGUUUAUUAUUUAACUUGUGGAACUAUGUAAAUACUCGUCAUUGUUGUCAUUGUCAUCAAAUAUUUAGUUUGAAUUUGUUUAGUUGAAAUAAAGGUUUAUCUCAAUCCCA